GACGCAGCUAACUGCAGCUCUCUCUCUCUCUCUCUCUCUCUGUCAGCCUGCUUAGCAUAAACUUAGCGCUACAUCUGCGACAUCGGCGCUUCACGCCAAACCAGAAUAAAAGUGUUUCUCCGCGCUGAAGACGACAACCUCGGCAGAUGUGUUUCAGACGAGAGGAGCGUUGCUGGGUAGCUAGCUAGCUAGGUGAAGACAAAAAGGGCAUCUCUCUCUCUCUCUCUCCCUCCCUCCCUCCGUGCCUUUGACCGAUCGCACACAUCAGAUGCGAGCGAUCGGAUAAACGAAUCAUCCCCGAGGUUCUCCCCUGGACGUCUUGGGGGGCUCCGGGCCACAGUGGGAGCGGAGGACGGGGGCGCCAGUGAAGGGCCGAGAUGAAAUUCACGGAGCAUCUCUCCGCUCACAUCACUCCGGAGUGGAGAAAGCAGUACAUCCAGUAUGAGGCGUUCAAAGAGAUGCUGUAUGCUGCUCAGGACCAGGCCCCGUCUAUUGAAGUCACAGAUGAAGACACUGUCAAGAGGUAUUACGCCAAGUUUGAGGAGAAGUUCUUCCAGACAUGUGAAAAAGAGCUGGCCAAAAUCAACACCUUCUACUCUGAAAAGCUGGCCGAGGCCCAGCGGCGCUUCGCCACGCUGCAGAACGAGCUGCAGUCGUCGCUGGACGCCCAGAGGGAGAGCUCGGCCCACGGCCGGGGCCUCCGGCGGAGGAAGACGGUGUUCGCGCUGUCGCAGCAGGAGCGCUGCAAACACCGGAACAUCAAGGACCUGCAGCUGGCCUUCUCUGAGUUCUACCUCAGCCUCAUCCUGCUGCAGAACUACCAGAACUUGAACUUCACAGGGUUUCGGAAGAUCCUGAAGAAGCAUGACAAGAUCUUGGAGACGUCGCGAGGAGCCGACUGGAGGGUGGUCCACGUGGAGGUGGCGCCGUUCUACACCUGCAAGAAGAUCACGCAGCUCAUCUCUGAGACCGAGGCGCUGGUCACGACGGAGUUGGAAGGUGGAGACAGACAGAAGGCCAUGAAGAGGCUGAGGGUGCCUCCACUGGGGGCCGCACAGCCCGCUCCUGCCUGGACCACCUUUAGAGUCGGCCUCUACUGUGGAGUAUUCCUCGUCUUAAUGGUGACAGUGAUCAUUACAGGAGCCGUGGUGAUCCGUCGGUCUGACAUUUGGCCGAUGGUCAGGAUCUACAGGGGAGGGUUCCUCUUGAUCGAGUUCCUUUUCUUACUAGGCAUCAACACCUACGGCUGGAGGCAGGCAGGAGUCAACCAUGUCCUCAUCUUCGAACUCAAUCCCAGAAACAACCUGUCCCACCAGCAUCUGUUUGAGAUCGCCGGCCUGCUGGGGGUGCUGUGGUGCGUCAGCCUGCUGUCCUGCCUCUUCAGCGACAGCGUCCUGGUGCCCAUGCAGGCCAACCCGCUGGCUCUGUACGGCGUCUUCCUCCUCUUCCUCAUCAACCCCUUCAAGACCUUCUACUACAAGUCUCGCUUCUGGCUGCUGAAGCUCCUGUUCCGGGUGGUGACGGCGCCGUUCCACCGCGUCGGGUUCGCAGACUUCUGGCUGGCCGACCAGCUGAACUCCCUGGGAGUGGUGCUGAUGGAUCUGGAGUACAUGAUCUGCUUCUACAGCUUCGAGCUGGACUGGCAGAAGCACGAUGGACUCCUCAGCCAAAGUAACGACGUGUGCAACUCGUAUUCCUACGGCGUCCGGGCCGUCAUCAAGUGUCUUCCUGCCUGGUUCCGGUUCGUCCAGUGCCUGCGGCGUUACCGGGACACCAAGCGGGCCUUCCCCCACCUGGUCAACGCCGGGAAAUACUCCACCUCCUUCUUCGUGGUCACCUUCUCUGCCCUCUACAGCACGCACAAAGAGAAAACCCCGGCCGACGCGCAGAUCUUCCUCUAUCUCUACAUCGCCUGCCUGAUCGUCAGCUCCUGCUACACGCUGGUCUGGGACCUGAAGAUGGACUGGGGCCUGUUCGACCGCAACGCCGGGGAGAACACCUUCCUGAGGGAGGAGAUCGUCUACCCCCACAAGGCGUAUUACUACAGUGCCAUCGUGGAAGACGUGCUGCUGCGGUUUUCCUGGGUUUUAACCAUCUCGCUCACCACUCUGACUGAUUUCCACGGCAUGUCUGACAUCCUGGCGACGGUGCUGGCGCCGCUGGAGGUCUUCAGGCGUUUCGUGUGGAAUUUCUUCCGGCUGGAGAACGAGCACCUGAACAACUGUGGCGAGUUCAGGGCCGUCCGAGACAUCAGCGUGGCCCCCCUGAACGCCGACGACCAGACGCUGCUGGAGCAGAUGAUGGACCAGGAGGACGGCGUCCGGAACAGGCAGGGCAAGAAGAGCUGGAAGAGGAGCUACAGCAUGAGUCUGCGCCGGCCGCGGCUCGCAUCGCAGUCCAAGACCCGCGACACCAAGGUUUUAAUCGAGGACACCGACGACGACUCCUGACAUCAGGCCACGCCCCUCGCCUGGGUCCAGAAUCUAUUCAAAGGAGGGAACUCCACCUCCUAACUGAGGCAUCACCCAGCGAGCCGGCGUAGAAACUCCUUCCAAGAACCAGUUUGAGAAGCUCAUGCUCUUGUUAACCUUGUCUCCGAUGCAUGAGCCCCCCCCCCCCCCCCCCCCCCCCCCCCUCCCCGUUUCUCCCGGGUUGUGUCAAGAGGACGUCGUCCUCCUGAGAAGCCGCCCAGCAAUACCGCCAUCCUCCCCGCAGCUAGACUCAAUGCUGGGCUCAUGUGAUGAGCUCCACCUCGCCCCAGCUGUGGGAGGAGAAGCCCCGACUAACCCCCACCCCACCCCACCCCCCCCACACCCGGAAGCCUCACACGAACAACGACGAGGAGCACGGGCCCGCCGUCCUCACGCCCCCGUCACGGACCGAGGCCUUGAACAAACGGCGUGCGCUCCUCCAGAUCCGAGCUGCUCUGCACUCCAGGAGGGGGCGUGGUGAGAAGUGACUUCUGUGUUUGUGUUUCGUCCCCCCCCCCCAAAAACAAACAGACAAUGGGGAUGAACGUUGGAUAUUCCCGUUAGUGUUUUAAUCCCCCCCCCAUGCUCCUCAGCUUGCCCCGUCGAAUCAUCACAGAGCUGCCUACUGCACCUUACACGCUUUAGAAACACACACACACACACACACACACGCCACAGAGGCGUGCACGUGGGAGCAAUCACAACAAGACGUGCAGGACUUGACCUCUAUAAACACACACACACACACACACUAUUAUUUGUGACUGUGGUUGUAAAUGUAAGGCUGACCAAAGUUUAAAAAACGUGGCGUGAAAACAUUCAGAGAGGAUGGAGGCCAGACGGACUGAAUCCCGGAUCCGAGCAGGAACUUUCAGAAAAAAACAUGUUCAGCUUCUUCUCCGACCUUCCCUGUGUGAGAGGAUGGAAAAAAAAAAAAAAGAAGAAGAAAAAAACCGAGAAAAGAAAGACAGAAAAUCCCGGUUUGGGGAUGAAA